AUGACACCUUCUAAUCAAACAGGUGACUCUACAGCAAAGCGUGCUCGAUCGCAAAGAUUCAAUCGUGCAAAAACAGGUUGUUUCACUUGUAGAGCACGAAGAAAAAAAUGUGAUGAAACAAGAGAUGCAAAUACCGGUGGCUGUCAAAGAUGUUUGAAGUCAGGAAUAGAAUGUUUGGGCUUUCCAGAAUUACGUGGUGCUCCUUUAGCAGCACAUUCAAAAAAACAAAAAGCUGCACAGGAUGAAAAAGCAAGAAAAUCAGCCCAAUCGGAGCAAAUCAACGAUGAGCAAUCACAUCAUUCUAUGCAACUCAUUCAGGCAUCGCAUACACAGCCUACAAAUGUUGAACCGGCGUCCACUUUUGAGCUUUCGCUAACUGAUUUCUUACAUAUGGAUACGCCACCUUCCAGUGAGACUGUUUCUCGUACUUCUAGAAGGAUCACCAGCAGAACAGCAUCUGGGAAUGCAACACCUUCAACCAUCGAUGCUGUCAGUCAAGAAGAAAGCGCUCAAGCAAUGACCGCUUGGCUGAAUUCUUCAAUCUUGCCCUUUGCACAACAAAGAGAAGGUGAGACAAUCACUAGUAUUGGCUCACCCUUUCCACAAUUCUUGCUCGAUGAUUGGAUGUCAUCAGAUAUGCUCAAUUCACUGGGUAACACCUCAAGUGGAAUACCAACCAACACUGGCGUCACACCGAGAAUAAUGUCACCCUUUCAAGGCAUCCGUGAUGAAGAUCGUGCAUUGAAAUCUCUCGCUAGUUUUUAUGCCGCUUUUUGUAUGAGACAGAAUCCCUAUUAAUCAAUUCAUUUCACACUUUGCCAGUAUAUCUUCGAUUACCAAACAGAAACUUCGAUUAGCUUGUGUCACACUCGAUAUCACCCAAUCUAAGCAAUGUAUGCUAUUCAAAUAUCGCCAAUUCGCUAAAAGGUUUCUAUGCAU